AUGAAGAGAGGACUCAGAAGAGGUAAUUUAUUACUCGAGUUCCCUCAGAAAUGCCAUAUCCAUAUUAGAUUUAGAAUAGAGUUGAUUUCAAAUCAGGAGUUGAAAUACCAGAGAAAGGGUAGAUCAGAGGCUUUUCCUGGGCUGCUGGGAGUCGCACUUCGCAAAGUACCAGAUCGAUCAAAAGAAGAGUUUGAUCCUGGCUCAGAAGGAAGAAAAACCUGCGCCGCCAUCAAGCUUUUUUUUAUAGAGAGAGAGUCGAGGUCUGCGGGCGAUUCUGUAACCGCAGGCAGACCAGACCCGACAACAUGA